UUUCACCUAUGCUCAACUUCAAUUGACGUCUUUGACCCAAAGAUAACAUCAUAAAUUCAUAAUAGAAAAUUCCUAUAAAAAAACCUGAAUACCCUUCGCAAAAUCCCAAUCACAUAUGCCGAUUCCCCCAACCCUCUCCUAAUACCAUAGUGUGGAGUGUGGACCAUCAUCAACCAAAUCCCUUCUUCCCAUUUCUUAAUGCUUACCUUGCCAAUUGCCAUCGUUCUCAGUGCAUCACUACACGACACUGCUGUACUACCAAAUCAAAUCCUCUCUCUCACUGCAUCAGAUUUCCACUAACGAAACCGAAUCGAAACUUUUUGUGUCCUUUGUUUAAUGCUCUGAUAUGGCGCCAACAACCGCUAUAUUAACAACACCAUCAAAACGGAGCACAGAAGCACCUCCGACUCUUUCCCCAGCCGAUCCUACACCUCCGUCGAUUUUCCCGGCAAAAACUUCCGUCGAUUUCACCAACAAAGUUACAGUUGCCGAUGGAGGGACGCUUAAAGCUUCGACGCCUGAAUUAUCUGCCAAAAGCUCCGUUGAAGGCACCAACAAGGUCAAUGUCGACGGUGAUGAGAAAUUGAAGAACGAGGAUAAUAGACACCCAUCUGUCGCAAUGGGGCAUAAUAGCGAUGUAGAAUACAUCGGGAUUACCGAAUCCCCAUCUCCUACCAGUCUUCCUACCAACAACAACAGCAAAAGAAUCUCAAUUUUGCCCCUAAUUUUCCUCAUAUUCUACGAGGUUUCCGGCGGACCUUUUGGCGUUGAGGACAGCGUCCGGGCUGCCGGACCACUUCUAGCCCUGAUAGGGUUCUUGGUGUUCCCAUUCAUAUGGAGUGUCCCAGAAGCUUUAAUAACCGCUGAAAUGGGUACAAUGUUCCCGGAAGACGGUGGCUACGUCGUUUGGGUGUCAUCGGCGUUAGGACCGUAUUGGGGGUUUCAACAAGGCUGGAUGAAAUGGCUUAGCGGCGUUAUAGACAACGCCCUGUACCCAGUUCUGUUUCUUGAUUAUUUAAAAUCCGGCAUCCCAGCUUUAGCCGAUGGUUACCCUCGAAUUUUAGCCGUUUUAGCUUUAACAAUCGCUCUUACAUACAUGAACUUCAGAGGUCUAACAAUUGUAGGGUGGGUCGCUGUUCUUUUAGGUAUAUUCUCCUUAGUUCCUUUCGUAAUUAUGGGUUUCAUUUCAAUUCCCAAAAUAGAACCAGAAAGAUGGCUAGUUGUUGACUUACACGUAGUCGAUUGGAAUCUCUACUUAAACACCCUCUUCUGGAACCUUAAUUAUUGGGACUCCAUAAGCACCCUCGCCGGAGAGGUACACAACCCAAAGAAAACCCUCCCAAAAGCCUUGUUCUACGCCUUAAUCCUAGUUGUCUCCGGCUACUUCCUCCCUCUCUUAACAAGCACCGGAGCUGUCCCCCUCCACCGCGACCAAUGGACCGACGGAUACUUCUCCGACGUGGCCAUGAUGGUUGGCGGCGUAUGGCUGAGAUGGUGGAUUCAGGCGGGUGCCGCCAUGUCAAACAUGGGAAUGUUUGUCACAGAAAUGAGCUCCGAUUCCUUCCAACUUCUUGGUAUGGCGGAACGCGGGAUGCUUCCGGAAUUUUUCGCGAAAAGAUCCCGAUAUGGGACACCAUCGAUCGGGAUCUUGUUCUCGGCUUCCGGUGUGAUCUUACUUUCAUGGCUGAGCUUUCAAGAAAUUGUGGCGGCUGAAAACUUUUUAUACUGUUUUGGGAUGAUUCUGGAGUUCAUUGCUUUUGUGAGGUUGAGGAUGAAGUAUCCGGCGGCGUCUAGGCCGUAUAAGAUUCCGGUGGGGACAAUUGGGUCGGUGCUUUUGUGUGUUCCACCGACGAUAUUGAUUUGUGUUGUGUUGGCGCUUUCUUCGAUUAAGGUUUUGGUUGUUAGUAUGAUUGCUAUUGUUAUUGGGCUUGGGUUGCAGCCGUUUUUGAAGUAUGUUGAAAGGAAAAGAUGGGUGAAGUUUUCGACAAGUGCUGAUUUACCGGAGCUGUAUAAUGCUCAUGAGAAUAGUGAAUCUUUGGUUUAUUAGGUCGACUGCCAUCGGUUGGUUGAUUUGGGUGUGGGGUUGUGUGUAAUGUGUGUGAUAGUAGGUUGUCGUUGGCGGUUUCCGGUUACUUUUUGUUAUUGGAAAUGCUUUUUUAUUUUAAUAUAUAGUAUCAUUGUUUUCAA